AUGUCAGGUCCAAGAACUCCCACCAUCUCUCGACCCCACACUCCCAACGGUCUAUCACCCCGAGGAUCAUAUACCAACUUAUCUGCUGCUCUCGACGCUUCCACCCCCGGAUCAUCCACUCCUGCAUUGAUGGCUGAGAAGGAGAGGAUGCGAGCCGAAGCUGAAGUGAGGGAGGCGUUGUUGAAGGCUGCUGAUGGAGCUGAGAAGGCCAAGAAGGAAGAGACCGGUAUGCCAGCUGGAUCACCAGUAUGGCCAAUCUUGAGUUACUGUGUAGCCUCUAUCAUGAUGACUGUGGUGAACAAAUUCGUCGUAUCAGGACAUCAAUUCACCAUGACCUUCUUGCUCCUUACUAUCCAAUCGGCUGUAUGUGUAGCUUGUGUAUGGACGGUCAAACGGAUCGGUUUCAUUAGCUUCCGAGACUUCGAUAUGAACGACGCCAAAACAUGGUUUCCCGUUUCCUUUUUACUCGUCGCUGUGAUUUACACCGGAUCAAAGUCAUUGCAAUUCUUAUCCAUCCCUGUAUACACUAUCUUCAAGAAUCUUACUAUCAUCUUGAUCGCUUACGGAGAAGUAUUAUGGUUUGGAGGAAACGUUACUGGUUUGACUUUGGUCUCAUUCUUCCUCAUGGUCGGAUCAUCCAUCAUUGCCGCUUGGUCCGAUAUCUCCUCUACUCUCGCUAGAUUAUCUGCCGGUGUCGCUGUUCUCGACCCCACAAGCGGUGCCGAUGUACCUCUUCCUUCAGGCGUGAUGGGAAGUCUGAACGCAGGUUAUGUGUGGAUGUUCAUCAAUUGUGUUGCUUCUGCUGCUUACGUCCUAUUCAUGAGAAAGCGAAUCAAGGUCACCGGAUUCAAAGACUGGGAUUCCAUGUUUUACAACAAUCUCCUCUCCAUCCCUGUCUUACUUAUUUUCUCUUUGAUUGUCGAAGAUUGGGGAUCAGCAUCUUUCGCUAGAAACUUCCCUGAAGUAGGAAGGACCUUCUUACUUUCCGCUAUAGCGUUCUCAGGUGCUGUAGCAGUAUUCAUCUCGUACUCUACCGCAUGGUGCGUCCGAACUUGCGGAUCGACCACCUACUCGAUGGUCGGAGCACUCAACAAGCUCCCAGUUGCUGCAUCAGGUAUUCUGUUCUUUGGUGAUCCCGCCAACUUAGGAAACGUCUCUGCUAUCGGUGUAGGAGGAAUCGCAGGAGUUGUGUACGCUGUCGCUAAGACGAAUCAGGCAAAGAUCGAAAAGGCCAAACAGGCUAGAUCGGGUGACAGUAAGGCGUAG